CAAGCCUAAACUACCUGUAUUUCAUUCUCAGAAUUGAAGGCUUCACAUUGUACCAUCACAACACAUCUCCAAUACAUGUUAUCCUGCAGAACAUUUCUCGAGGAGAAUGGACCUGUACUGCGUUUGGGUGAUCAUCUUUGGACUGACUCGGACGUCAACUCUCAGGAUUCUGGAAUGGCCACCCCUGAACUGCACACAACCGGAUCUUCAAUGCAGCGUUCAAAUUAAUAACUGUUCAGAUGAGGGCUGGAUUKAACCCAGACACCAGGCGCCUAACGGUCCAGUGUGGCACUCAGGUUCACAGCAGCAUGUGUUUGUGAGGAGAGGGGAGAGUGGUGAUCUGCUGCCCGUGGUCUCUCUGAGCUGGAGCCUUCAGAUCAAUGGAGGUGUAGGCGGCAUCCGUGGUACCGAGGUGCACGUCACUGAAGAGGACAGUAAUCAAAGCAUAUGUGUCCAAUACAUCUUCCAUAACAAAAUCCACAACAUGAUGACGAACUGGAACCCGUGGACAUUUUCCUUGGACAGAGUUGUGGUGGACCCUGAAUACAAGUAUUCUGUUUCGAUCUACAACUUACCAAAACCAGACCUGGGGAAUUACAGUCUUGACAAAAUCUUUACAGUCCCAGGAUGCAAGGAUCCAAGCAUAAAAGCAGCCAAGGUGUGUUUGGAAAACGGCAGUCUUUGGUAUCCCCAGUUGUCCUGGACUGUGGCAGUGGAUGGAGGAGAGAGACUGAUCAUCACAGUGGGUUUUAAUACAGCUGAGUUCUCUGAGGAAUACCAGAUAUCCAUCAAGAACACUCAACACUCACAGCAUGUCAUGAGGGUAGGUAUCUGUGGUCAACAACACUCACAGCAUGUCAUCAGGUAGGUAUCUGUGGUCAACAACUCCAGCAU